AUGGCUUUGUUGCGAAACCUCUGCCGUUUGUCGUCGCGUAGUGUGCGCGCCACGACGACGCCACGAGCAGCUUCGGCUUUCUUUCCCCGUGCAAGCGUUCGAACAUACAGCACGUCUCCGCAAGAGUCCAAGCCUGCAGCGCCGCCGUCUGGCUCAGGCUCAAAUGUUCCAUUGCUUCUUGCCGUGCUGCUGGCUGCUGGUGCGGGUGGUGCGUACUUCCUAAGCGACGAUGUGAAGAACUGGGUAAACGGUGCCACUUCAACAAAGACAAAUCCGACAAAAGAGGACUAUCAGGCUGUCUACAAUGAAAUUGCGAAAUCACUUGAAAAGGACUCGUCAUAUGAUGAUGGCAGUUAUGCGCCAGUUGUGCUUCGUCUUGCGUGGCACUCGUCUGGCACGUACGACAAGAAUAACAACACCGGCGGUAGCAAUGGUGCAACGAUGCGCUUUAAGCCGGAAGCUAGCCAUGGUGCUAAUGCUGGUCUGGAGAAUGCCCGCAAGUUCCACGAGCCAAUUAAGGCCAAGUUCCCGUGGAUCUCGUACUCAGACUUGUGGACAUUGGGUGGCGUCGUUGCUGUCCAGGAGAUGGGCGGUCCGACAAUCCUGUGGCGCCCAGGUCGUGUUGACAAGCCAGUUGAGGACACGCCCCCUGACGGCCGUUUGCCCGAUGGCGCCCAGGGCCAGAAGCACCUGCGUGAUGUAUUCCAUCGCUUGGGCUUUAAUGACAAGGAAACUGUGGCUCUGGCUGGCGCUCAUGCAGUGGGCCGUUGCCAUAGCAACCACUCUGGUUUCGAAGGCCCAUGGACGUUCUCGCCAACUUCGUUCACGAACCAGUUCUAUGUCAUGCUGCUUGACGAGUCCUGGGAGCCUAAGAAGUGGGAUGGUCCUUUCCAGUAUGUCGACAAGAGCUCUGGCUCGCUGAUGAUGUUGCCGACGGACUAUUCUCUCAUCAAGGACAGCACUUUCAAGAAGUACGUGCAGGAAUACGCCAAGGACGAGCAGAAGUUCUUCAAGGACUUCGCUGAUGUAUUUGCAAGGCUGCUCGAGCUAGGUGUGCCUGCGGAGAACUUUGAGAAGGCUGCGUCGAGUCUGGGAACCAAGGAGCCUCUGAAGUUCAAGGUCCUUGCUGAUCAGGAGAAGUAA